GCAGCUCUAAAAACAUGCAUCGAAGGCACACAACCCUGCGGGAGAAAGGCCGGAGGCAGGCUAUCCGAGGCCCCGCCUACAUGUUUAACGAGAAGGGCACCAGCCUGACCGUGGAGGAAGAACGCUUCCUGGAUUCUGCGGAAUAUGGCAACAUCCCAGUGGUGCGGAAAAUGCUGGAGGAGUCCAAAACCUUGAACUUUAAUUGUGUUGAUUAUAUGGGACAAAAUGCCUUGCAGUUAGCGGUGGGGAAUGAGCAUUUGGAAGUGACUGAGCUCCUUCUGAAAAAGGAGAACCUGGCUCGAGUUGGGGAUGCGCUGCUGUUGGCCAUCAGUAAGGGAUAUGUGCGCAUUGUGGAAGCAAUAUUGAACCAUCCAGCCUUUGCCCAAGGGCAGCGUCUCACACUAAGCCCCCUUGAGCAGGAACUACGCGAUGAUGAUUUUUACGCUUAUGAUGAGGAUGGAACUCGGUUUUCUCAUGACAUCACCCCCAUAAUACUCGCUGCUCAUUGCCAAGAGUAUGAAAUUGUUCAUAUCUUGCUUCUGAAAGGGGCACGGAUAGAAAGGCCCCAUGACUACUUCUGCAAGUGCAACGAAUGUGCCGAGAAACAGAGAAAAGACUCCUUUAGUCACUCUCGAUCGAGAAUGAAUGCCUACAAAGGAUUAGCAAGUGCCGCUUAUUUGUCUCUUUCCAGUGAAGACCCUGUUCUUACUGCUUUAGAACUAAGUAAUGAAUUGGCAAGACUAGCCAACAUUGAAACUGAAUUUAAGAACGAUUACAGGAAGUUAUCUAUGCAAUGCAAGGAUUUUGUGGUGGGUGUGCUGGACCUCUGCAGGGAUACAGAAGAAGUGGAAGCAAUUUUGAAUGGAGAUGUGAACAUAAAAGUGUGGCCUGAGCAUCACCGCCCCAGCCUGAGCCGAAUUAAGCUUGCCAUUAAAUAUGAGGUCAAAAAGUUUGUCGCUCAUCCGAACUGUCAGCAGCAACUGCUCACCAUGUGGUAUGAAAAUCUCUCAGGCUUACGUCAGCAGUCUAUAGCUGUGAAAUUCUUGGCUGUCUUUGGAGUUUCGGUAGGCCUUCCUUUCCUCGCCAUAGCAUACUGGAUUGCUCCCUGCAGCAAGCUGGGACGGAUCCUACGAAGCCCUUUCAUGAAGUUUGUGGCACAUGCAGUUUCUUUUACAAUCUUCCUUGGACUGUUAGUAGUGAAUGCCUCCGACCGGUUUGAAGGAGUAAAAAAUCUUCCCAAUGAGACCAUCACGGAUCAUCCCAAACAAAUAUUUCGAGUAAAAACUACUCAAUUCUCAUGGACAGAAUUGCUAAUCAUGAAGUGGGUUUUAGGUAUGAUAUGGUCAGAAUGCAAAGAAAUCUGGGAAGAGGGCCCCCGUGAAUAUGUCAUGCAUCUCUGGAACCUGCUGGAUUUUGGGAUGCUCUCUAUCUUCGUGGCAUCCUUCACUGCACGGUUCAUGGCUUUUCUCAAAGCAACUGAAGCACAACAAUAUGUAGAUCAGUAUGUUCCGGAUGAUGACCUCACUAAUGUCACCCUCCCUCCAGAAGUUGCUUACUUUACUUACGCCAGGAACAAGUGGCUUCCCUCGGACCCUCAGAUCAUAUCAGAAGGACUAUAUGCAAUAGCUGUGGUACUCAGCUUCUCCCGCAUUGCUUACAUUCUUCCAGCCAAUGAAAGCUUUGGCCCUCUUCAGAUUUCUUUGGGAAGGACUGUGAAAGACAUCUUCAAAUUCAUGGUCAUCUUCAUCAUGGUGUUUGUUGCCUUCAUGAUCGGAAUGUUCAACCUUUACUCUUACUACCUUGGUGCAAAAUAUAACCCAGCAUUUACCACGGUAGAAGAAAGUUUUAAAACCUUAUUCUGGUCAAUAUUUGGCUUGUCUGAAGUGAUAUCAGUGGUGCUGAAGUAUGAUCAUAAGUUCAUUGAGAAUAUUGGAUAUGUGCUCUAUGGAGUUUAUAAUGUUACCAUGGUGGUGGUGCUGCUCAAUAUGUUAAUAGCCAUGAUCAACAACUCCUAUCAGGAAAUUGAGGAGGAUGCAGAUGUGGAGUGGAAGUUUGCUCGUGCCAAGCUGUGGUUAUCAUACUUUGAUGAAGGAAGGACUCUGCCUGCUCCUUUUAAUCUAGUGCCAAGCCCUAAAUCAUUUUAUUAUCUCAUAAUGAGAAUAAAAAUGUGCCUCAUAAAACUCUGCAAAUCUAAGGCCAAAAACUGUGAAAAUGAUCUUGAGAUGGGUAUGCUGAAUUCCAAGUUCCGGAAAGUUCGUUUUCAAUCUAGUGCUCGAAAUUCAGAAAACUUUACUGUGAAGAAGGCUUAUAACAAGCCCACAAGAUAUCAGGUGGCAACACGUCUUCCAUCUGGAUUCAACAACCUUGGCCAUCUUCAGCAUACAAAAAUAAUGAAGCGUCUUAUUAAGCGAUAUGUACUGAAGGCUCAGGUCGAUCGAGAGAAUGAUGAAGUCAAUGAAGGAGAACUUAAAGAGAUUAAGCAAGAUAUUUCCAGUCUCCGCUACGAGCUUCUAGAAGAAAAGUCAGAAGCUACUGGAGAGUUAGCCAGACUAAUACAACAGCUGAGUGACAAGUUUGGAAAGAACUUAAAUAAGGACAUUUGAUGGUGAACAAAGAGAAAGACAGCGAGUUUUCUAAACAUUAUUUGAUAUUUCAACCAGCAUUUUAAGAGAGCAAAAACAGUGCAAGAGAUGGGUACCGAGCCCUGAACUUUUUCCACCUAAAAAAUAUUGCUAAGGGCACUGUGCAUUAGAAGGUGUUUUGGGGAGACGCCAACUAUCAGUUUGUGACUUUAUGAUAUACAGGUGAUAUGGUGAUAUAAAAAUGAGCCCAUUGACAUCAGAAAUAGAUGCACCAUCUCCAAAAGUUAAUCAUGGUUAUACUAGGUACACAAGGCACCUUUUUAAAAAAGGCAGAGAGCCAAAUCUUCAGAUGGUCUGAAUCAGCAUAAUUUCACUGAAGUCAAUGGAGCCAAAAUGGAGUCAACUAGGCUAUGUCUACACUG